AUGGCAGUCCUAACCCUGAUAUCGAGUGUAAAAUUCUUUGGAGGCUAUCAAAAAGUGUUUGAGCAUGCUAGUGACGUUCUCAAGUGCAAGAUGAAGUUUGCAGUAUUCAUUCCCUCAAAAGCUGAUGAAGCUAAAGUACCAGUUUUGUAUUGGCUAUCUGGAUUGACAUGCACUGAACAAAAUUUUGUCACUAAAGCUGGUGCUCAGAGGUGUGCUGAAGAGUAUGGUUUGAUGAUUGUAGCUCCCGAUACUAGUCCUAGGGGCUGUGGAAUAGAAGGUGAAGACGAUUCGUGGGAUUUCGGAACUGGAGCAGGGUUUUACGUCGAUUCUACGGAAGAAAAAUGGAAGACUAACUACAACAUGUAUUCGUAUGUCACGAAAGAGUUACCAGCACUUGUUCAAGCUAAUUUCCCUGCUCUCCCGGACAAGCAGUCAAUAUUUGGUCAUAGCAUGGGUGGACAUGGUGCUCUGGUCUGUGCUCUCAAGAAUCCAGGAAGAUACGUGUCUGUCUCUGCCUUUGCUCCAAUCUGUAAUCCUAUCAACUGUCCUUGGGGACAAAAAGCGUUUGGUGGAUAUCUUGGUGGUGAUCGAGAUUCUUGGAAGAAUUGGGAUGCUACUGAGUUAGUUGGAAAUUACAACGGACCACCUUUCCCUUACAUUUUGAUCGAUCAAGGCAAAGAAGACAAGUUUUUGACACAAGGGCAACUUCUCCCUGAGAACUUUGUGGAGGCUUGUCGUAAAGUAAGCAUGCCUGUGGUUCUCCGCAUGCAGGAAGGGUACGACCAUAGCUACUACUUUAUAGCCUCAUUUAUGGAAGAACACAUUAAACAGCAUGCUCAAGUUUUGAAUGCUUAAAGUUUUUUGGGACUGAGUGAUGUCAAGAUCUUUUGAUUAUUUGAUUAUUUCAUAUUCAGAA